CACCAGUGUCAGCAACUGCAGCUCCCUUUAGGCACCACAUCUCCCGUGAUACACCAAUUGAGCCAAGAAACAUCUUAUCUACUUUGCGUAUAUUCAGUCCAGAGUGAUUGUCAAGAGCCGAUUCCAAAUCUCUAAUAUGGAGCCUGCCACAGCCGGUAUUCUCUAUGCAGCAGAGAACGUCUUGCAAGGCGCCGCAGCUCUUGUGAAAGGCAUCACACACCCGACCUUGCCAAUACAAGCUAACCUCACACGAAUCACCGCUGUCCCACUGCCUCGAUCACAGCACAGUAUCUCGAUCGUCAAAGGUCGAGCCUAUGUCUUUGGUGGCGAGAUAGCACAAGGACAACUCGCCGACAACAACAUGCAUAUUAUCAUUCUACCCUCAAGCGGUGUGACCAACGCAGACUAUACUUUCAAAGUUGCGCAGGCGGCCAAUGGGUUUGAUGACGUUCCGGGACCCCGAAAGGGUCAUACUGCGGUCGUAAUUGGCGAUGCAAUAUACGUAUUUGGAGGGGAGGGAGACAGUGUCAACGACGAAAGCGGGAGAGUAUGGGUAUACCAAACUGUUUCGAACACCUGGUCGUUUCUCGAUGCCGCUCCCGAUUCAAUAAUUCCAAGCCAUCGCGUGGGACAUACCUCGGCGAGCUCAGAUCUACCCGCUGCAAAGGCCGUCACAUACCACGAGACGGCUCCUCAACAGCCCGCAGACCCAUCCCUCAAUGUUCCAGAACCCCCAGCUGACAAUACUUGGGGUACCGUUUUUGUCGUGGGUGGCCGGGAAAACUCAAACGGCAGACUUGCCACUGAUGCCUUUGCGUUUGACGUAAGAACACGCACGUGGUCGAAAGUACCUUCACCACCGGGGCAACCACGCGAAGGUGCUAGUCUUGAACUGGUAGGGAGCAGGCUCUAUAGAUUUGGCGGUAAUGGUGUGGAAACAUUCGCUUCGGGUGCUCUGGAGUUUCUCGACGUUGCAUCUGUUUUCGCACACGCUGAAGGUGGAACCACUCCAUUGGCGAGCGGCUGGUCCUGGCAGGAGAUGCCACACAGAGAUUCUAAAGAUCAUUUGGUGCCACAAGCGAGGUCGAAUACUGGUCUUGUCGGAGUUACAACUGGCCAGGGCCGGCACUAUCUUCUCGCCCUUGGUGGCAAGGCGGAGACUUCGCAACACCUGGACGACAUUUGGGCCUUACAGUUACCUACAGAGCACGCCACCGCUGCAGCGGCAAAAGACGCCAUUCGUUCUUCGUUCAAGCGUGAUACGCACGAGGCAACAUGGGCUGAGGUGCUCUACAAAUAUGUAGAUAUCAAAGGUGAGGAGGAGGUCGAGAUUCCGGGGGCGCCAAAGCACGGUCUUGGUAAUAGAGACCGAUUUGCCGUUGCCAAAGGCACUGAGGUCGACGGUGCAACGUGCGUUGUUUGGGGUGGAAUCGGCGCUGACGGUACAACCCUGAGUGAUGGCUGGCUAGUCACGGUAAGUCGAUAGCGCGACUCAUAUCAGCUGCUGCUAGUGUACUUGGUCAAAUUUGUCUUGAAAUCUAGG